AGGCCACGAUAGGACACAUAAGGGAUUCAAACAUUCACCAGCAACAGCCUCUCAAUUACCACAACUCUUGUUUCCUGGUGCUCCAAACUUUGUCAACAUGGCACAAGUUAUCACCAACUCGGGGCACGAUGACAUGAUCCACGAUGCAGUCCUCGACUACUACGGGCGCCGUCUCGCGACUUGCUCUUCAGACCGCACCGUGAAGAUAUUCGAGGUGGAUGGAGAAACACACAAAUUACAAGAGACAUUAAAAGGCCACGAAGGCGCCGUCUGGUGCGUCUCCUGGGCGCACCCCAAAUACGGCAACAUCCUCGCCUCGGCCGGCUACGACGGCAAAGUCUUCAUCUGGCGGGAAUCCAACUCAACCUGGUCCCGCGUCUUCGACUUCGCCCUGCACACCGCCUCCGUGAACAUCAUCUCCUGGUCGCCCCACGAAUCCGGCUGCCUCCUCGCCUGCGCCAGCUCCGACGGCAACGUGUCCGUCCUCGAAUUCAAGGACAACAGCAUGGACCACAAGAUCUUCCAAGCGCACGGCAUGGGCGUGAACAGCGUUUCCUGGGCCCCUAGCGCCGCACCAGGCAGCUUGGUUAGCGCAGGUGGCGCGGCGGCGGGCGCACAGCGCCGCUUUGUUACGGGGGGGAGCGAUAAUACCCUCAGGCUGUGGGCGUAUGACCAGGCGAGCCAGACGUAUAAGCAGGAGGGUGCUGCGCUGACGGGACACACGGACUGGGUGCGCGAUGUGGCGUGGUCGCCGUCGGUGCUGCAGAAGUCGUACAUUGCGUCUGCGUCGCAGGAUAAGACGGUGCGGAUCUGGACGAGCGAUGCGGCGCACCCGGGGCAGUGGGAGAGCAAGGAGCUCAAGUUUGAUGCGGUUAUCUGGCGCGUCAGCUGGAGCUUGAGCGGGAAUGUGUUGGCGGUUAGUGGGCAGGAUAACAAGGUUAGCUUGUGGACUGAGAACUUGAGCGGCGAGUGGGAGUGCGUCAAGACGAUUGAGGAGUAAGCUGGAGAUAGGGAUGGUGGUUACGGUGUUCCGAAUUUGGCGUUGCGGGAAAAGCAGUGAGCAUACCCGGUCUUACUGUGGGCUGAGCAUAGAUAAUCAAACUUUGCCAUGUACCAUUUCUACAAUCCCUUUGGAAUACAUGAUGCUAUGUGGUCCAGAUUGAGUUUGUUGAUGAACCCAGGUUUCAGGGUCUCAAAUCUAGAACGGGGUCAGCUGUGCUCACUGCCGUGCCUCUCAAACCACCAUAUUUGUAUCACAGAGAAACAAACAGUAUGUGGGAAACAUUUUUUAUUUAUUCUCCAUGCAGCG